AUCCGUUUCAUUCUAGCUUUUGUUUCAAUAUGCUUCAGUAGUAAUGUUGUUAUGCUUAAAAAAGAAAAGUGAUUGUUUGAAGUGCACAAAGAACUUUGAACCCAAGGAAUGAAUUAUGUUAAGAAUUCGAGGUACAUAGAUGGUACCUCACCAACGGAUGAGAAUGAGAGCCACGUAACCUGUGUAAUGUUAAAAAAAAUAGAUUAGCAAAGCAAUAACAAGGAACCUCGAAUAGUAGUAGUCUGAAUUCUCUGCUGUUUAUGGGGAGCCACAGAAGAAUGGAUCUUAUUCUAUUGUGGUUUCACAAUGGGAACAAUAUUCAAACUCAAAUUGAAAAGUAUCCACGUAUGAAAUAAUGUGAUUGAUUAUGAAAUGUUAUUCGAUAUGAGAGUACUAGCUACGAGAACCCGAUGUUGUUGUCAACCUACCAGCUUACAAAUUAAAUGAACUGCUGUGGCCCUCACUGUUGCUUGAAUUUUGGUUUGUGUUUCAGAAUCUAAGUUUUUCUCUAUGUUGUAUAGUCUUUCUGGUGGAUCUGUAGCUGUUCUAAUACCGUAAUUUCCAUCUACGCACAGCUAUCUUUUCUUUUCCGAAGUUCGAUGUAUACAUAUAACGAACUAAUUGACCAUUUCUAUUGAAGAGGCGGACAAGAAUGUCGAUCAACAAAAAAGUUUUCAUAAUAAUUUUAAAUUAUAAAUACAUUAGAUAAGGUAGUAUAUUUGAUCGGUGUUAACCCCUUCACGUAUAACGUCGAAUCACACUCGUGGCGAUUAGACUGUGCCAGAACGUACAACAUCGAACCUCACUCGUCGUCUAUCGAAGUGAAAUGGAUACAUGCUUCAGGUGUAUGAUGAUGCGGGACUGCUACGAUCAAAAUGGCUCACUAUUCUAUGCUCGAAGACAUUGAAGAUGAAAUUAUCAAUUGGGGUUACUCAGUGCCCAUUUCGAACUAUGAAGAAUCACUGAAUCAUGUGGAAUCUCACACCUCGACUAAUAGAAUGGUGGGUCGCGGACGCGGUAUAGCAAGUGCUCAUCAUAUGGCUAACAUAAGACUAGCCUCGGAGAUAGACAACCUGAAUGUACAUCCGUUUCGAAUGGGUCACCUACCCACCAGCACUGAGCUUCUUGCGUGCUCACCAGAAGCCGAGAUCACACCAAUGCUUCGUCAGUUAGGUCUGAAUAGCCGGGAAGGCAAUAUAAGUAGUAAGACUACGAGGAAAAAUCCUGCGGUGGACAAAGAUAUCCAUAUCGAUGGAACCUUACCAAUUAUUUUGAAUGGAGAUCUAUUCGAUGCUCGGCACAUUCAGGGCGAAGAAGAUAAAAAGCAAGCGAUAGAUGAAGAGAUAGAAAGAUUCAACCCAGAACUUCCGUUGCAUGAGCAAUUUAGUACUAUUCCGGAACUAUUGCUGGAUGAAACCAAUCCACCACGGAAAUCGAAACCAAAAAAAGAAAAAUCCACUAAUUCGUCUUCGGAUUCCGGAAUAAGCAGCAGCACAUCUUGCAACGUAUCCGCAGUCGGAAAACAAGCAAAGGGCAAGAAAAAGAAAUGGCGUAAAAUGACACCGGAAGAAAUGCAGCCAGCUGUGGAAUCACGCGAUCGAUACGAAGAAGUCUACAACAUUGGCGUGCAUGCCAAUGCACUCAACAGUGUUUAUGCUCAACGUCAAGUUAUCGGAUCGGACGGGUUGAAAGUUUGGAGAAAUUGAAAGUUAAUGUCUGUUUUAUGUUGUGUAGAUCCGAUAUCGUGUAUCGUUUAGAUUCGAUUGUGUUCAAAAAAUGUAUAUAUGAAAUAAAUUGCAAAACAUA